GGAAAGUUUUGUAUUUGUCCAAACUAACAACGCCCACGUGCAUAUCACGUGAUUCUAAACAGGAAAGCAACAGUAACCAAAUGGCCGCUUCUUUAUCGAAGUCUUCUCUUUGAGCAGAAACAAUCGCAACAAUACAUUAGGGUUAUCCGAGUUAACUCAUCGGAAUCGGCAUUUGAAGCUAUGCCAUACUCAAGGGAAGGGAGGUCCGCUUCACCACGUGCCUCAAUUUCACCCGCUAAAGCUCGGCGAUCGAGGUCAUUGUCAAGGUCUCGUCGAAGUCGAUCCAGGAGUCGUUCUGUUGAUGCAGCAAACCCUGGAAAUAACUUGUAUGUAACUGGGUUAUCUACCAGGGUUACAACUGGUGACCUUGAGAAGUAUUUUGGGAAAGAAGGAAAGGUACUGGAGUGCCAUCUGGUAACAGAUCCUCGCACCAGAGAAUCCCGUGGAUUUGCUUUUGUUACCAUGGAAACAUUAGAGGAUGCUGAGCGCUGUGUCAAGUACUUGAAUCGUUCAGUGCUUGAAGGACGAUUAAUCACAGUGGAAAAGGCAAAAAGGAGGCGUGGCAGGACACCAACUCCGGGCAGAUAUCAUGGUCUGAGAGAGAGGCGAGGACGUGGCUACAGACGGUCCCGGAGCUUCUCACCUCGUCGAUGGGAUGACAGAAACAGGGAUUAUAAUCCAAGAGACCGGCGUGGAAGGUCACGCUCUCCGUAUAGUAGGAGGGGAGAUGAUUAUGAUUCAUACAGAAGGCACAGGGAUCGUUCAUUAUCAGCUGAGCGUGACUACCGUAGAUAGACCAAGAAUUUCAAUUAUUGAAAUUCGCAUCUCCAAUACCUCCUUGCUCAUCAAACUUCAUGUGGAUUUCUGUGCACGUAUGUAUUGAAUCAAUCUCUUCCUGGUUUGUAUGUAUCUUAAUAUAGCCUAGAGUUAUUAUGGCAACUUGUUUAUGUUAAGUUUAAUGCAAGAAUAUCUUCUGCUAUUGCGAAUGGCAAUGUCACUGUAGUGCUGGAGACAUUUUGUUUACUCAUCUUGGAUAAAAACUUCUAGUCAGAAGAUGGAAAUGGAUCCGACCAGUUCUUCAUAUAAGACGCUGUACAUUGUGUUCCCUGAAAAUACCGAGUAUUUUGCUGUUCUCAGCGUAUUGUUGUUUGCAAUUGUAAAUUCGUAACUUAUGUAUAUAAUGUUUUCUCAGUUUUUCCUUUUC